AAUAGUUUUGGGAUGGCUGUGCAGUUAGAGCCGGAAGAAAAUGCGCUUCGUCGCCUUCGUGCUUCUGAAGAGUUUACUGAGAAUUUCUUGUUAAGAUGCUUUAAAAAAUUCUUCCUAAAUGUAGCGGCCUCUCACAACUGACCACAAAGAUGUAUGGCGCGCGGAUAGCUCUACUGACGUUGUUCUAUGCUUCUUUUGAGUUCCAAGUUGGUGAGGCGACGYUAUGUGGAAAGAACACUUCUUUAUGGGAUAUCACUUCUAUCAUUUCACCUCCCAAUUAUCCGCCAAACCUGGAUUGCUACUGGAUACUGAGAGUUUCUCCUGGAAAUAUUAUCCGAGUCGAUUUUAACAUGUUCUCUCUGGAAGCAUCAGAUGGAUGUUCAAAGGAUUAUGUCUCAAUACAUGUAAACAGCUCGAAGACAUCGCCUUUACUAAGACCCAAACUAUGUGGCACACCUCCAAUGGACCAACGUACGAAUAUUCGGUCAAAUACUAACUCAAUGCUUAUACAUAUGCAUUAUGAUGGUGACGGAGRUGCAGGAGGAUUCUUUGCGUCUGCAUCGGGUGUAUGUACUGUAACUUUUACCGAUACAAGUGGCUACAUCACGUCCCCAAAUUUCCCGGAGAAGUAUCCAACCAAACACGACUGCGUCUGGCUAAUCAAUCAAGGGCCUGGUUUUAUUGUUACGCUCAUCUUUGAAGCUUUUGAAAUGGAAACCCAUAAAAACUGCGACUUUGACUAUCUUGAGGUUCGACAAGGAACAGAAGCAAACUCACCAUUCAAAGGAAAGUUUUGUGCUAAUGUUGCUCCACCGAAACUGACAACUAUUGGACCAAUGCGAAUUAGAUUCAAAACUGACAGCGAUAACGAGUUUAUGGGUUUUAAAGCCCACUUCACUGCAGUAGAUUUGAAUGAGUGCCGAAUUCCUGGUACAUGUCAUUCGAACGCAACUUGUAAGAAUACCAUCGGAUCGUACGUUUGUACCUGUAAGAUUAGCUACACUGGUGACGGGAAAAGUUGUGUUUGGUAUAAAGAUUUUAACGAGUGUACAAUGGGUCUGGAUAAUUGUCACAAGGAUGCUAACUGCAUCAACACAAGGGAAGAAUUCUACUGCCGAUGUAAAAUAGGUUUUUUAGGAGAUGGCUUGAACUGUACAGAUAUCAAUGAAUGUACUACCAAUGUAGCUUUGCUGAAGCARAACUGUCAUCAAAACGCAUCAUGUGCCAACACUCAUGGCAGUUUUGUGUGCACCUGUAUUUCUGUCUACACUGGUGAUGGUGUCAACUGUGUUGAUAUCAACGAGUGUGAUGUAAAUGCUCAUAACUGCCACGCAGAUGCUACGUGUAUCAAUACCGAUGGCUCGUUCAAGUGUCGAUGCAACAAUGGAUAUGCAGGAAACGGCGUGUUCUGUGACGAUAUUAACGAGUGUACCAAAGGAACACAUAACUGCCACGCCGAUGCUAACUGUACCAACACCAAGGGAUCGUUCAUCUGUACCUGUCAUACGGGAUAUUCAGGAAAUGGAGUCACGUGUGUAGAUAUCAAUGAAUGUAAAACCAACGAACUGGCGACGAUCCAUAAACAUUACGCUCACAACUGUCACCAUUUUGGACACUGUACKAACACCAAAGGAUCCUUCUACUGCAAGUGUAACGUGGGAUAUACAGGAAACGGGACAUACUGCACUGACAUUAACGAGUGUGCCUUAGSCUAUCAUAAUUGUCACGUGGAUGGUUACUGUAURAAUCUCAGUGGAAAUUUUACCUGCGCAUGCAACGUCGGGUAUACGGGAAAUGGGACGUCCUGUACAGAUAACGAUGAAUGCUCUCUAAAUACACAUAACUGUCAUAAUGACGCUAAUUGUACCAACACCAAGGGAUCYUUCUACUGUACCUGUCAUACGGGGUACUCGGGGAAUGGAGUCACGUGUCUAGAUAUCAACGAAUGCAGUCCAUCAGGCCUAUCAGCCAAUCACAGUCACUACGCCCAUAACUGUCACYKUGAUGCUAACUGUACCAACACCAAGGGAUCYUUCUARUGUACCUGUCAUACGGGYUACUCUGGGAAUGGAGUCACGUGUGUUGAUAUCAACGAGUGCAAGACAACAGCCCUUGCAGUGCGUCAUAAAAAAUACGCGCAUAAAUGCAAUGUCCUGGCGAACUGUACCAACACCAAGGGAUCGUACUACUGUACCUGCCAUACGGGAUACUCAGGAGAUGGAUUCACGUGCUUGGAUAUCAACGAAUGCCAACCACAACUACUUGGGUCAAAUCAUAGUCACCUCGCACAUAACUGUAAUGGCAACGCCUACUGUACCAACACCAAGGGAUCAUUCUUCUGUACAUGUAAUCCAGGAUACUCAGGAAAUGGACUUACGUGUGCUGAUAUCAACGAAUGUAAACCUGAWUCUCUGGCUUUGGACCAAAAGAAAUACGCCCAUAACUGCCACAUCGAUGCUAACUGUAUUAAUACCGUUGGYUCYUUUUAUUGUGAAUGCAAGAUAGGAUACUCCGGUAACGGAUUGACGUGCGUAGAUUUCAAUGAAUGUUAUCCCGACCUCCUGUCGUCGAAUUACAGCAAAUUUGCUCAUAAUUGCCACGCGGAUGCUAACUGUACCAACACCAAGGGAUCGUUCUACUGCACCUGUCAUACGGGAUAUUCAGGAGAUGGAGUCACGUGUGUAGAUAUCAACGAAUGCAGUCCAUCAGGUCUAUCAUCCAAUCACAGUCACUACGCCCAUAACUGUCACAAUGAUGCUAACUGUACCAACACCAAGGGAUCGUUCUAUUGUACUUGUCAUACGGGAUAUUCGGGGAAUGGAGUCACAUGUGUUGAUAUCAACGAAUGUCACAAAAAUGCGCUGGCUUCACAUCACAGUCACUACGCCCACAACUGUCAUGACGAUGCCAACUGUACCAACACCAAGGGAUCGUUUUACUGUACCUGUCAUACGGGGUACUCAGGAAAUGGAGUCACGUGUGUUGAUAUCAACGAAUGCAGUCCAUCAGGCCUAUCAGCCAAUCACAGUCAUUACGCCCAUAACUGUCACAAUGAUGCUAACUGUACCAACACCAAGGGAUCGUUCUACUGUACCUGUCAUACGGGAUACUCAGGGAAUGGUGUCUUGUGCUUAGAUAUCGAUGAAUGCCAGACUACUGCACUAGCAAUAUACCACAAGCACUACGCUCACAACUGCCACGCUGAUUCCAACUGCUCCAACACCAAGGGAUCGUUCUACUGUACCUGUCAUACGGGAUACUCCGGGAAUGGAGUCACUUGCGUUGAUAUCAAUGAAUGCCAGACGACGGCUCUUGCAGUGUUCCACAAGUACUACGCCCAUAACUGCCAUAGCGAUGCCAACUGUACCAACACCAAGGGAUCUUUCUACUGUACUUGCUAUAUAGGAUACUCAGGGAAUGGUGUGUUGUGUGUGGAUAUCAAUGAAUGUAAUCCAUCCUCACUCUCGGCCAGUCUCAGUCACUACGCACAUAACUGUCACAAUGAUGCUAACUGUACCAACACCAAGGGAUCGUUCUACUGCACCUGCCAUACGGGAUACUCAGGGAAUGGAGUCACGUGUGUUGAUAUCAACGAAUGUCAUUCGAACGCUCUGUCAGUGAACCACAGUCAUUACGCUCACAACUGCCAUAACGAUGCCAACUGUACCAACACCAAGGGAUCGUUCUACUGUACCUGUCAUACGGGAUACUCAGGAAAUGGAGUGGCAUGUGUUGAUAUUAAUGAAUGUUUCCCUUCCCAAAUUUCCAAUCGUUACAAGCACCUUGCGCAUAACUGUCAUCUUGAUGCUAACUGUACCAACACCAAGGGAUCGUUUUACUGUACCUGUCAUACGGGAUACUCUGGGAAUGGAGUCACGUGUAUAGAUAUCAACGAGUGCCACACAAAUGCACUGGCAUCUCAUCACAGUCACUACGCACAUAACUGUCAUAAUGAUGCUAACUGUACCAACACCAAGGGAUCGUUCUACUGUACCUGUCAUACGGGAUACUCUGGGAAUGGAGUCACGUGCUUGGAUAUCAACGAAUGUCACACAAGUGCGCUUGCUUCGCAUCACAGUCAUUACGCACAUAACUGUCACAAUGAUGCCAACUGUACCAACACCAAGGGAUCGUUCUACUGUACCUGUCAUACGGGGUACUCAGGAAAUGGUGUUGCUUGUACAGAUAUAGACGAAUGUUUUCCAAAUGCAAUCUCUGAUCGCUACAAACAUCUUGCACAUAACUGUCACAAUGAUGCCAACUGUACCAACACCAAGGGAUCGUUCUACUGUACCUGUCAUACGGGAUACUCGGGGAAUGGAGUCGCGUGUGUUGAUAUCAAUGAGUGCUUUCCAAGCACAAUUUCUACUCGCUACAAGCAUCUUGCACACAACUGCCAUGCCGACUCAAACUGCACCAACACCAAGGGAUCAUUUUACUGUACCUGUCAUACGGGAUAUUCAGGAAAUGGAGUCAUGUGUGUGGAUAUAAAUGAAUGUAACACAACAGCACUUGCAAUUCGUCACGACAAUUACGCUCACAACUGUCACGCUGACUCAAACUGUACCAACACCAAGGGAUCGUUCUUCUGUACAUGUCAUACGGGAUAUUCAGGAAAUGGAGUCACGUGUGUAGAUAUCAACGAGUGCCAGACGACGGCCCUUGCUGUCUAUCAUAAACAUUACGCCCACAACUGCCACGUUGAUGCCAACUGUACCAACACCAAGGGAUCGUUCUACUGUACCUGUCAUACGGGUUACUCAGGAAAUGGUGUAGGAUGCAUUGAUAUUGAUGAAUGUUUCCCUAACCAAAUUUCUGAACGCUACAAGCACCUUGCGCACAACUGCCAUGCUYACUCAAACUGCACCAACACCAAGGGAUCAUUCUUCUGUACGUGUCAUACGGGAUAUUCAGGAAAUGGAGUCACGUGUUUGGAUAUCAACGAAUGCCACUCAAAUGCGCUGGCCUCACACCACAGUCACUACGCUCAUAACUGCCAUAACGAUGCUAACUGUACCAACACCAAGGGAUCGUUCUACUGUACUUGUCAUACGGGGUAUUCAGGCAAUGGAGUCAUAUGUGUUGAUAUCAACGAGUGCCAUACAACAGCAUUGGCUUCACUUCACAGUCACUACGCCCAUAACUGCCAUAAUGAUGCUAACUGUACCAACACCAAGGGAUCGUUCUACUGUACCUGUCAUACGGGGUACUCCGGGAAUGGAGUCACGUGUGUUGAUAUCAAUGAGUGUUUCCCAAACACUAUCUCUGAUCGCUACAAACAUCUUGCACACAACUGUCACYKRGARGCUAACUGUACCAACACCAAGGGAUCGUUCUACUGRACCUGUCAUACGGGAUACUCAGGAAAUGGGGUAGGGUGCGUUGAUAUCAACGAAUGUCAUACAAAUGCGUUAGCCUCUCAUCACAGUCACUACGCCCACAACUGUCACAAUGAUGCRAACUGUACCAACACCAAGGGAUCGUUCUACUGUACCUGUCACACGGGGUACUCAGGAAAUGGAGUCACGUGUGUGGAUUUGGACGAGUGCACACCAGAGCGAUUAGCCUCUAAUCAUCUGCACUAUCACCAUAACUGUCACGCUGACUCGAACUGUACCAACACCAAGGGAUCUUUCUACUGCACCUGUCAUACGGGGUACUCUGGAAAUGGAGUCACGUGUGUUGAUAUCAACGAGUGRCAUUCAACAGCAUUAGCAUCAAUCCACCAACACUAUGCACACAACUGCCAUGUUGACGCUAACUGUACCAACACCAAGGGYUCGUUCUACUGUACRUGUCAUACGGGAUAUUCAGGAAAUGGAGUCACAUGUAUAAAUAUCAACGAAUGUGAUACAAAGACUUUAGCUGUACAUCACAGUCACUACGCCCAUAACUGCCAUGUUGAUGCUAAUUGCACUGAUACUAAAGGCUCGUUCUACUGRACCUGUCAUACGGGGUACUCAGGAAAUGGAGUCACGUGUGUUGAUAUCAACGAGUGCCACUCAAAUGCACUGGCUUCACAUCACACUCACUACGCCCAUAACUGUCAUUCUGAUGCUAACUGUACCAACACCAAGGGAUCGUUCUACUGUACCUGUCAUACGGGGUACUCGGGGAAUGGGGUCACGUGUGUUGAUAUCAAUGAAUGUCAACCAAACGCCUUAUCUGUAAARCACAGUCACUACGCCCAUAACUGUCAKAAUGAUGCUAACUGUACCAACACCAAGGGAUCGUUCUACUGUACCUGUCAUACGGGAUACUCGGGGAAUGGAGUCACGUGUACAAAUAUCAACGAAUGUGAGACAAAGACUUUAGCUGUACAUCACAGUCACUACGCCCAUAACUGCCAUGUUGAUGCCAACUGUACUGAUACUAAAGGCUCGUUCUACUGUACCUGUCAUACGGGGUACUCAGGAAAUGGAGUCGCGUGUGUUGAUAUCAAUGAAUGUCAACCAAACGCCUUAUCUGUAAAUCACAGUCACUACGCCCAUAACUGUCACAAUGAUGCUAACUGUACCAACACCAAGGGAUCGUUCUACUGUACCUGUCAUACGGGAUACUCGGGGAAUGGAGUCACGUGUACAAAUAUCAACGAAUGUGAGACAAAGACUUUAGCUGUACAUCACAGUCACUACGCCCAUAACUGCCAUGUUGAUGCCAACUGUACUGAUACUAAAGGCUCGUUCUACUGUACCUGUCAUACGGGGUACUCAGGAAAUGGAGUCACGUGUGUUGAUAUCAACGAAUGUGCUAUAUCUGAUUUGGCAUCACAUCACUCUCAUUACGCCCAUAAUUGCCACAAUGACAGCAUCUGUACAAACACCAAUGGUUCAUUUUACUGUGCUUGUAGGAUAGGCUAUACAGGAGACGGCGUUAAUUGUACAGAUAUCAAUGAAUGUGAAGUUGGUACUCAUACAUGCCAUAGUGACGCCAUUUGUACCAACACCAAAGGUUCCUAUACGUGUGCUUGUAAGAAUGGUUACUAUGGGAACGGAUUCCAAUGCGUGGACAAAGAUGAAUGUACUUAUGAUUUGGAUAACUGUCACGCUGAUGCGUCGUGUACRAAUACCAAAGGAAGUUUCACUUGUAAAUGUCUUCAUGGGUAUCAAGGCGAUGGCGUCAAAUGUACAGAUAUUAACGAGUGUGUAGUUGGUACUCAUAACUGCAGUAAAGARGCUAAAUGUACCAACACMAAYGGWUUGUUUACAUGUGAUUGRUUUUCUGGAUACAAUGGCACUGGAUAUUACUGCGAAGACAUCAACGAGUGUUUAGAUGGCUCUCAUAACUGUGAUCUUAAGGCACAAUGUUACAAUUUCAACGGUACRUUUCAAUGUAAUUGCACUACUGGAUAUAUUGGUAAUGGUACAUUCUGUAGAGAUCUUGAUGAAUGCGCAACAAAUUCACACGACUGUCAAGGCAGCUCGAAGUGUGUAAAUAACAUCGGUAGUUUCUUGUGUACCUGUAAUCCUGGUUUUAGAUACAAUGGUUCCGAUUGCUGGGAUAUUGAUGAAUGCGUCGAGAAGACACAUAACUGUCACCACGAGUUUGGAAUAUGUACCAACGAGGCUCCUUUCUUCAACUGCUCAUGUGCACUGGGGUCAAAAGGGAAUGGUACAGAAUGUGAAGCUUUAGAAAGGGUUUUCAAGGCUGUGUUUCGUCUGUCGUCAACUGUUUGGCGAGAAGAAUACAGYGAUUCCGGAACAUCACAAUUUAAAAGCUUAGCAAGAAGGGUAACGGAUGCGCUUAAAGACAUUUAUAAAGAUACCAAGUCUUACAUCGGUAGUGAAGUCAAGAGAUUCAUAGACAGUGAUGGUAUGACAGAAGUCGAUGUUAAGAUGGUUUUCUCGUCGUACCCAACGCUCCCCACAAAGCCUCUCCUUCUUGCAGUAAAACGAGGCAGUGUUGGGACACUUGCUGCUGAUAUGAAAGACUUUAAAGUACAAGGAAUUACUCAUUGGGAAGAGUGUCCCAUCAAGUGUUCUGUUGACGCUUUCUGRUCAAGAAAUGAAUCAUUAUUCCAGUGUGUGUGUAACAAAGGUUACAUGGGAAACGGCAAAGAGUGUAUUGAUCAAGAUGAAUGCAGUGUUGGGAAUGGUGGAUGUGAACACCGGUGUAUUAAUAGUCCUGUUGGCAGCUAUCACUGUACUUGUAACUCUGGCUUUGUACUCGAUACUAACCGCAAAAACUGUAAAGUUUCUGCAAGCCAUAGCGAUGUCAGUGCUUACUGUCCAGCGGAGUGGAAACAAGACGUAUUGUGGAGUGCUACAGUCUCGGGCAGUACCAGAAUGCAAUUCUGUCCCGAUCCACUAACUGGUCAAGCUUCUCGUGAAUGCUAUAAGGGGGUCAGCGGUGGGGUUUGGGGAGUACCGGAUAUGACGCGCUGUGUGACCGAUCCAAUGAAGAAUCUCAAGCAACAGGUAAAAGUUGAAGUUGAAUCUAAAGGAGUCCUAACAUUUCRUGAUCUCGCUGCUGAAGCGGACAAACUGUUUAACAUCAUUGAUCCAAGUAAAGAGAAGAUUUACGCCGGGGAUGUUAUUACAUCAAUAUCYUUGCUUGAUCAYCUGGUGGAUGCAUCAAACACUACUAAUGCUAACGCCACAAACGAAGAACUCACGAUGUUUGUAAAGAGUGUCGUGCGAGCAGGAGGAGGUCUUCUUGAGAAAGGAAAUCGUGAGGCCUGGGACGGAAUGAACGCGCCUGCUUCAAAAGCCAAAGAUCUCAUCAAUACGGUGGAUAGAUUGUCGUCUGUCAUAUCGAAAAGACAUGAGGGAAUCAUGAAAGCUAAUGUUAUCAACGAUCCUGAGCUCUUCGCUAGUCUAAGCCUUAGAUCUUUCACAGAUAACAUAUAUAUUCACCUACUGGUUGUUGAGAUGAAUACGUUCAAAGGGGCGACAUUACCCAAUGUAACUUCUACUAACGCUACACAAACUGUACAAGACACUAUUUACUAUCCUGAUACAAUGUUUACAGCUGCACUUGUCGAGAAAACCAAGCAUGGUUUUUACACCAGUCUCGGCUGUUACGCCGACAAAGAGAAAGACCGUGCCAUUCCAACAAUGGAAGGAACUCAUUCAGCUCUGGUUGACAACUUUCUUGUUCGUAAAAAGGCCGUCGAUAAAUGUGCACAAGUCACRAAAAGRAGAGGCUGGAAAGUCUUUGCCAUUCAAGAUGGCGGAUGGUGCGCAUCGAGUGCGACUGCGCACCUAACAUACAACAAAUAUGGRGUCGCCGAUAACUGUGUGGCGGGAAAAGGUGGAAUGUUUGCAAACGACGUCUACAUCAUAGACGCUUAUUAUGCCACGAUACAAACUGUGUUUUAUAAAAAUCUUGGAGACUUYCUUACGUAUGACCCACUAGAAGAAAUCGAGCUGCGUCAAAAGACCGGUGCUAAAGCGAUGUACAARAGCUCAAGGGAUAACUCCAUUGUCAUCUCGGGACGAGUCAUAGACGAGAAAGAAGAGUUCUUCCAGACUUUAAACAAACCUGUUGAAAUGGUCUUCCAGCAUUUYGACUUGAAUGACACCGCGAGGAGAGACACAAGACUUCUUUGUUCUUUUUUAAAUAUGAACUCAGAUAUUCCCAAGGAUCGAUGGUUGUAUGACGGCUGCACACGGUCAUCUACCAAUUGGACACACACCGUCUGUCAGUGCAGUCAUCUAACAAACUUCCAAUUGUUACUUGAAGACUUUGAGCCAAAGGAAACAAUUGAUGAUUAUCAUCAAAGGCUUCUUAAACUUCUUUCUUACAUAAGCUGUGGAAUAUCAGCCAGCUGCUGUGCUGCAACCUGUAUAGUGUACACAGUACUUCAACUUACGUCUGACAGAGCUCAAAUAUUAAAAAAUCUCGCCUUCAACAUUGGAGUUUCUCAGCUGAUAUUUCAACUCGGUGCCCAUCAGACACAGAGCAAGAUGCUGUGUAAAGCAAUGGGUAUAUUGCUGCAUUUCUUCUUGACAGCCAUGUUUUCAUGGGCAUUAGUCGAAGCAUGGCACCUGUAUGCUCUUCUUCUACAAACUUACACCAAAAAUACAAGGACMGACUUCCGUAAAAGAUACUAUAUACUGGGUUAUGGUCUUCCUACUGCUAUAACUGCUCUUUCAAUGGCUGUGUUCUGGGAUAACUACGGUGGAACAGACAUUUGUUGGGUCAGCCAUAUAGUUUUAGUGUCAUUGUUCGUACCACCAAUAGCAGUUAUUGUAUUGACUACCAUUAUUAUACUGGGAAUGGUAACAGGAGUUUUGGUAUCACCUGAUGCCGUCAACAYACGCAGCGAUGCUGAUACUGGAGCAGUACUCCAUAUAAUCAGUUCAAAUUUGAAGCUUUCGUUGGUUCUCCUCCCUCUUGUUGCUGUGACUUGGGUGAUUGGCUUCGUUCAAGUUACCUCUGACUCCAUUGCAUUGUCUUAUGUGUACGUGGUUCUCAACGCAAGUCAUGGUGUGUUUUUCUUUGUUAAUCAUUGUCUUCUGAGCUUUGAAGUAAGCCUAACAUUCAAGAAAAGAUUCCUUAAACAUUUGRUGAAACCCGAACACUCGUAUGGUAUGAGAACCCGUAUGUCCCCUUCWGAAGGACACAGGCCUCAGGAAUCAGAGAUGUUCAAUCAAGCAGUUAGCAAGGCAAGAGCUUAUAAUGACACUUCGUUCAGCAAAGGAAGGUCAAAGCGCCUGCAACAUAGCCAUGGAUCUGGUAGUAGCCAGGAAACGUCUGUAUACGACUCCAAUGAAGAUGUUAAGAAUCAAUGGCGUGAAGUGAAUGAGAUGUAGUAGAUKCUUUACAUGUGUAGUCCGCAUGACAGACUGGAUAGCGGUUAACAUCCAAAACGCAUGCGACAUUGUGUUGCUCAAACUGCUCCAUCUGCCAUGAUAGAGGAGAAGGUGUGAACGCGAUCCCAAUUGUAUUUUUGCCCGUCUUCCUCGUGGUAGACAUUCGCUAGGAGUUUCCCUUUCUACCGAUCAGCCAAAUGUUCGAAAUAGAGUAGAAAAUAAACUAAAUAUUGAUUAAAAAAGAUGCUCUUAAAAGUUCAUCAAAUUUCGUCAAACGAUACACUUCACUGUAGAAUACACUCAAUUAAAUCGAUAUUGUUGGAUUCAAGAAGAACYCAGAAGCUAGACAGUUCAUGGACAGUUUAGUUUUGAUUUCGUAUCAAUAAGUUACAGAUUUGUUGGUCUGUAUUUAGCAAUAGUCCAGUCCAAGCAGGACCGUAUAAAUCAAUAGUCUCCUACACGGUUCUCUGCGACAUCUUGAAUGGUAGAUGAGAUCAAUGAGAUGACCGUUGGCGCGUCCAAUGGUAGAAACCUUCUCUCACACCUUGCAUGCUCAACGGUCGUCUCGCUUCGAUGCAAAGUCACGACUUCCUUUCAAAAUAGCGUAGGGAGCCGUGAAGGAGACUAUAGGAAAUUGAAGGACCGAGUCUGAAAGGAUUCAUGGGAAGUACAGUAAUUAAAAGCCUGYCACAUUUCUACUUUGAUGUUGAACUUGACAAUGUGUAUUGAAUUGAGUGUGAUAGGAUAUAUUUGUAAUGUUAAGAUAUAAAAUAAAUCACACUGAUACUGA